AAUGUCGCUGGUGCUAGCGUUGAUUGCCAUUGUGGUGUCGCUGGUUCUCUUCGCGGCAAGACGACGUCAUGGAUAUUGGCAGCGUCGAGGUAUCCCGCACGAUGUGCCCCACCCACUUUUCGGGAACAUGGGGGACUGGCCCAAGAAGCGGCAUAUAGCAAUUAUAUUCAGGGAUUACUAUCGGAAGUACAAGAGUGCGAACUACCCGUUUGCUGGAUUCUACUUCUUUUUUACAAGAACCGCUGUGGUUACCGACCUGGAUCUGGUAAAGCGAGUGCUCAUCAAAGACUUCAAUCAUUUCGAAAACCGAGGCAUAUUCUACAAUGAGAUUGAUGACCCCCUCUCGGCAACAGUGUUCAGCAUUGAAGGUCAGAAGUGGCGUCAUCUGAGGCAUAAGCUGACACCCACAUUUACGUCUGGCAAAAUGAAGCACAUGUUCCCUAUUGUGGUCAAAGUGGGUGAGGAGAUGGACAAAGUCUUCAGCAACAAGGUUGGCGAUGGAAAGGUUCUUGAAAUCGUUGAUCUGGUGGCCCGCUACACGGCUGACGUCAUAGGCAAUUGCGCCUUUGGUCUAAAUUGCAAUAGUCAACAGAAUCCCAAUGCGGAUUUUGUCACAUUUGGCAAACGAGCCAUCGGCGAACGUCGUUACUGGGGUCUAUUAGAUUUCUUUAUAUUCGGCUUUCCGAAGCUUUCACGUGCCCUGCGCCUCAAAUUGAAUGUACAGGAAGUUGAGGACUUCUACACAAAGAUUGUGAGAGACACCAUCGACUAUCGCUUGAAGACUAAGGAAAAGCGUAACGACUUCAUGGACAGUCUGAUUGAAAUGUACCAGAAGGAGCAGGAAGGCAACUCUGAUGAAGGUCUGACCUUCAACGAGAUCCUGGCACAGGCAUUCAUAUUCUUUGUGGCCGGUUUCGAGACAAGCUCCACCACCAUGGGCUUUGCGCUCUAUGAGCUGGCGCAGAACCAGGACACUCAAGAUAAGCUGAGAAAUGAAAUCAACGAUGUUCUGGCAAAGCACAACAAUCAGUUCACCUACGAGGGUAUCAAAGAAAUGAAAUAUCUGGAGCAGGUGGUAAUGGAAACUCUUCGGAAGUACCCGGUUCUUGCUCAUCUAACGCGAAAGACACAGGCCGAUUUUUCACCCGAAGAUCCCAAGACCUUUAUUGCCAAAGGAACAGUUGUUGUCAUCCCUGCUCUGGGUAUUCACUACGAUCCUGAUAUUUAUCCCGAACCCGAGAAAUUCAAGCCUGAGCGUUUCACGGAGGAGGCUAUCGCCUCCAGACCCGCCUGCGCCUGGCUGCCCUUUGGCGAGGGUCCACGGAACUGCAUCGGACUGCGCUUCGGCAUAAUGCAAACCUGUGUGGGCCUGGCAUACCUGAUCAAGGGGUACAGGUUCAGUGUCGCUCCAGAGACGCAAAUACCCAUGAAGUUAAUCCUCAAGAGCAUUUUACUGUCUGCUGAAAAUGGAAUCUAUCUUAAGGUCAAAAAGGUUUCCAAAUGAAAAAUUUAACGAACAAAAUGAAGGUUCUUGUUGUUAAUA